AUGAGCGCUGAGUGCAGCAGUUACUACAGCGCUGACGGAGUGUUUGAGGACGGCUUCUCCUGCCCCAAACCUGGCAGCGCUGCUGCUGCUGUCUACUGCUGCGGAUUUAAUGAUGUCAAGUAUUGCUGUGACGAUCCCAACAGUUUUUUCCCAUAUGAGUAUGGAUACAUGUGGUGGUUGAGUAUUGGCGCUCUGGUUGGUCUAUCGAUUGCAGCAGUAGUCCUCCUUGCCUUCCUCAUCACUGUAUGUGUCCUUUGCUACCUCUUCAUCGCCACCAAACCCAGUCGUCUUGACAACGGCCUACCCCUCAGAGCACCAGAAGGAGAUCCCAGUGAAGGAUCCAGUCAUGUGAGAGUGACAUGUGUCUCAGGUCCGCAGGGAUUCAGGAAACACUUCAUGAGCAGGAAGCUGGACUGCGAUAACCAGCCACCAGACCCUGAGCUCCUGUUCCAGAGGUGUUUCACAGCUACCGUCACCGGCAUGAAAGCGGAAAAUCCUUCGCAGACCUCGGAGAGACUUAAAAAAUGGGACCAGCAGUCCAGAGAUCAAGAGAGUCAGUGA